AUGUCCCUCUCACGCGCUUUCACAACUAGAAGGGCCAAAAUGGCUGGCCAGUCCGAGAUGGGAGAGCAACAAGUUCAAGUGCCGCACCGUAGUAACUCGGCCCGCGAUAAACAGCAUCCUAUUCUACGACACCAGAUUUCUGCUCCACUUCAGCUUGUCCACACAACCAACAUGCUUUCCUACAACGCUCCCGAUAUCCCGCAUGCUGCUCUCCGCAGCAAGUCCUCUCUUCGUUCCGUUGGCGAAGAAUCCGAGGCUCCUUCAACUACGGAGUCAACUCCCCCUACGAGCCCGGAUGUAUCUCCUGUCGAAGAGUGCCCAGGUCUUAAACCGAACCAUCUGUCAACCUAUUUCAGUGUCUCGGACAAGCCAGCUAUCCUGCCAAAGAUCUCCGAGGCGCCUGCAAUUCCUAAGCGUUCGCCUUCGCACACUAAGCAGAACUCAUACGAAGCGCUCGCCCGUCAACGGUCCACCUCGCAGAUGUCCAGGGACUCAGAGCACUCAGUAUCGACCAAGGCCAGCUUCACCUUUUCACGAUCAUCGUCAACUUCUACUAGGGCGUCAUCAGCUUCAUACGUCUCUGCCAGCCAGGCCCAGAAGGCUCCCCCGAUGCCUGUUCCAGCAGUCCCCGCAGUCGCUCCAGUUCCCCCGCCAUCUUUCCAGCAGCGAGUUCUCAAGGAUUCACACCCAUUUGGUCACGAGCUUGCACAAGUCACUGAGCUUGCCGAAGAGUACAGCACCAGGCCGACGACCAAGGAGGAUGAGGAGGACCACCGAUUCAUGAAGUCCAGAGGUUUGAACAAGUUCUCUCCUGAAGAGUAUCUCAGCGACGUUCAGAGCCUCAUCCUCAGUUUCUUUCCUGAGGUGUCACAUGCCAAGCCUACGACGCCGCAGUGGAUUUGA